ACUGCGAUCCGCGUUUACCUUCCGUAGCUGGCCAUCAAGCAGCAGUCCAGGCAACCAGCCAGCAGUCGUCGACGACAAGGUAUGCGGAGUGCAGUUGCGGCGCGCGCCCGCUCGACCACACAGUUAUUAUUUGCUUGAUAGCUCUUGUGUAUUUGCUACCCUUCUUAUAUAUAUAUAUAUAAAAAAGAAAAUAGUGUGACCACAGGACAUACGAGCAAAAGAAGGUGUAAUAGCUGUCAGCAGAUAUAGGUGUGUGAUAAGCAGGUUUCGCAGGAAAAGCCCUUUGGUGUGUGCGGACCAUCCACUCAUCCUUAGUUAAAGGUGUAAACACGGUCCAGCAGGCACGGCAGAUUUUCAGUGUGAAUGCCGCUUCGCGGGUUUCAGCAGGUUUCUUUUCGUCGGUGACAAUUCGAGUGGAAGGCAGUGAAAAAGCCAGCCCUUCCUUCCAAAAAGUACUGUUCUCACUCUGUGUUCUCAGUAGUGCCCUAACGUAUAUAAUAUAUAACAUACACGUCCAAUCACAUCAAAAAUACCGUCCAUCCACACGCGCCAACGCAGGUGACAACAACCAGCAGGAACAAAUGACAAGCGAGACGACGUAACGCAACAUCGAAUUUCGCAUCCCAGAUCGCUAAUGAUGUGGUACCAGCAGAUACCUUCAGCCCUUCUGGACUCGCCUUCCCAUUCGAGCCUUGCCCUACUGACACUGUGCAACGUCUUCGUGCUUUCGCUUGGAAGUCAGGAGGAAUGGACGAAGACGUUCCCGUUUGGAUCCCUUUCGGAAGAUAGAUCGGAUCCGUUCACCAGGGCCUUCAUAAAUGUGUCGCGCGGCAGCGAGAAGGGCUGGGUGUGGGAUAAGACUGCCGUCGGUCGAUACGGGGGCGGAUACAUCGGGCCGGCCUUCGGGAUGGUUGUCCACGUGACGGCCGUCGACGAUCCCGACGACCACAUGGGAUGCCAGGGGCCCUUUGCGAGCAGUCGUCGCGACGGACGUCUGCCGCCUCCCGGUGAACCCUGGAUUGCGCUCAUCAAACGCGGACAGUGCAACUUCGAAGUCAAAGUCGAGAAUGCGUAUAGGAGCAACGCUGCCGGUGUCAUCGUCUACAACGAUCGCGACUCUGGCAAUCUGGACAAGAUGAAACUAUCCACAGACAAUGGCAGAAAUAUCAGUGCAAUAUUUACGUACAAAUGGAAAGGCGAGGAGUUGGCGCGAUUAGCAGAGAACGACUCAAAAGUGCUGGUACACAUCACAAUCGCAGAUCACACGUUGAGGGUAACAACAAUAAACAGAACAUCAGUGUUAUUCGUCUCGAUAACCUUCAUCGUUCUUAUGAUAAUAUCUCUGGCCUGGCUGGUGUUUUACUACGUGCAGCGGUUCAGGUACAUCCACGCAAAAGACAGAUUAUCGAAGAGGUUGUGCAAUGCGGCCAAAAAGGCGCUCAGCAAGAUCCCAACGAAGAUUAUCAAAUCGGACGAUAAGGAGAUACAAGGAGAUGGAGAGUGCUGCGCAAUCUGCAUCGAACCCUACAAAAUUCUCGACGUCCUACGAAUAUUACCGUGCUCACACGAGUUUCACAAGAAUUGCAUAGACCCGUGGCUCCUGGAACAAAGGACGUGUCCCAUGUGCAAAAUGGAUAUCCUCAAGCAUUAUGGCUUCGUGUAUACUGGUAGUCAGGAGAGCAUUCUGCACAUGGACAUUGAAGAAGUCGUGGGAAUGGAUUUGACGAACGAGAGCAGUCCCAGGAGGAGUGCGAGCGGCGGAGGCAUAAGCCCUUUGCCUCAAAUCCGUUCAAGUAUUUUGACUGAGCAUCAGUCGUACAAUUCGGUGGAGGGCGACGACGCAUCGAGCAGCCGCGCCUCGACGCCCAACGAGAUGACGCCCAGCCUAUCGAACAGACAUAUGCUACCCGUGCGGCAGGAUCUGUGCGUCAGCUGUAUCGCCGCCGCCGCGGCCGCCCUAGUCACACCAUCCACGUCUGCAGACGACGACGAAGACGACGUCGCGACGCCCGAAGAAGAAGAGGACGAGGUGCCUCAACCGCAGGAGGCGCCCGUCAGUCCCAAAGUCGGAACGUCAUCCGCGACGACAGCGACGUCGGUGUCCAGCGUCCCCAGUGAUUCUAACGAUGCUAAAGUGCAAUAGACUCUUAAACUCUUCCAAUUUUAUCCCACGUUUCUUCACCAUUUCCUUCUAUAUUAUACAUUAUACUAUUCUCUAUUCUAAACUAUAUAUCUACCAUAUAUAUAUACAAACAUAAUUAUACUUUAUUUCUUCAGUUUGAAACAACAAUAACAACAACAACAACAAAUUGAUGAUUAUUAACACUUUUAUUCUCAUCAUUAUGAUUAUUAUAGACUGCCAGAAGACGUUUAAGCAUAAGAACAUUGAUUAACAAUUUAUUAAAUAUGUAUU